UACAGAGCCGGAGAUAUGGGACCUCGAUGUACCCAUUUUCACAAAAAUCUAAUGUGGGUCACUGUGCACACAGCUGAUAUCCCUUACAAAUACCUUCAAAGCAGCUCUAUAAAGAACAUAAUGAAAUCUUCAUUCAUCCUGAUGAUAUACAUUGCAGGCACUGCCGUCAAUCAAACUGAGAGUAAAAUACACAAGAGACCAAUGAGAGAGAGCCCAACACACUCACUUCAACUUCAUCUUAUAAGGAAUUAUCAAACACAACACAAGAGGACAGACAUGGAUCAGAGUGGAACCGGUGACAAGGAAGUGUCGGCAGAUGUCGAGUUGGCCACAGAGAUCAUGAAGAGACAUUUCCGUCCGUCGCUGAUCAAAACACAGGCGUGGGAAGGUUAUACCUUUGCAGACAUGGAGAUUAAAAUCGUUGAAUCUACAGACUGCUAUGGUGCUGUGUUGUGGCCUUCUGCCAUGGUGCUGUGCCAUUUCUUAGACACUCAUCGUGAUGAAUAUAACCUGAUGGAUAAGAACAUCAUUGAACUGGGAGCCGGGACAGGACUUGUUACUAUAGUAACCAGUCUUCUAGGUGCAAAGGUGACGUCCACUGACCUGCCGGAUGUUUUGGGUAACCUGAGGCACAAUGUUAAACGUAACACAGGAGGACGCUGUCGCCACGAGCCAAACGUGAUGGAGCUCAUCUGGGGUCAGCAGCUGGAAGAACGUUUCCCACCAUCGUCCUGUAAAUAUGAUUACAUCAUGGCUGCAGAUGUGGUUUACUCUCAUCCGUACCUGGAUGAGCUGAUGGAGACCUUCAUACAUCUGUGUUCUGAUAACACCGUCAUCUUAUGGGCCAUGAGGUUUCGUCUGGAUCCGGAGAACAGCUUUGUGGACAGAUUUGAGAAACACUUUCACCUGCAGGAGCUCUAUGAUCUUCCCAGUCUCAAGAUCAAGUUGUACAGAGCACAGAAAAGACAUGGAGACGCAGCGUAGACCAAAUUAAAUCCAAUUACAGUAUUGUCGGAUUGAUAUAUGACUUUAUUGUUUACACCCUAAAGUUUACCAACAAUCAACUCA